UUUUGUCCGGGCGUGGUGUAUGGAUUGCAAUGGCGAAUUAUUUUUGGUUUUUUUUUUCAAAUUUAAGAGACAUGUCUUCCAUUUAUUAUGAAAUAGUCCGUUCUUUUAAUUUUUGAACGUAUUGUCGACAGACGUGAAACACAGGACUAUGGCUUAUUACGUGUGUGUAAAACCAGCUCAGUUCAGCUUGGUGCGCGCGAACAAUGCGCUUUUGCACUGUUUAAAGCAAAUUCGAAGGAAUACUUUGUGGCAAAGCUCGUCCGCGUUGUACUUUGUUAGCAACGGCAAGGGCACGUCCUUGACUCUCAGCGGCUCGCGCUGCCCCCCGUGCAGAUUUAUCUCCUCUGGCCAAAGUGUACGAAGUGAACGGGACCGACACAACCGGAACGAGCAAGCCGGGCAGUUGACGACCCGGAGGAGUCCGAGCGAAGCGCCCACGCUGUCCACGGCUCAGAAAGUGAAAGAAGCUGGAAAAGACUUUACUUAUUUAAUAGUUAUACUUGUUGGACUUGGAGUAACAGGUGGAUUGUUUUAUGUUGUCUUCAAAGAAUUGUUUUCAUCAUCAAGUCCCAGCAAAAUUUAUGGAGUGGCAUUAGAGAAAUGCAGGGCUCAUCCUGAGGUUAUUGGAGUAUUUGGAGAGCCGAUAAAAGGCUAUGGAGAGACAACUCGUCGUGGUAGAAGGCAGCAUGUAAGCCAUGUUGAGUAUAUGAAAGAUGGAGUCAAGCAUAUGAGACUGAAGUUUUACAUUCAAGGAUCAGAGCCUAGAGUUGAAGGAACGGUACAUUUAGAAGUUAAAGAGAAUCCAACAAGUGGAAAAUUUGAAUUUUGCUUUAUUUUUGUGGAUAUUGACACAUACCCAAGAAGAUCCAUUGUCAUUGAAGACAACCGAUGAGCUUACUGCCAAAUAUAUUGUUAUCAUGGUAAAAUUAUACUUCACUCAGUAUCUUUGAUUGUAAUUUACAUCAAAUGAAAAUGUACUUUUGUUUCUUUUUUUUUUUUUGAACUGAACUAGAAAUUUGUAUUGAUCAGUAGAAUAAUUAAUAGUUUUUUGCUGUGGGUUGAACAGAAAAAAACUGUAUAAAUGAAUACUAUUUUCCUAAACGGAGACGGAGAAAAUACAAAACUCAACACUAGUGCAAACUUAUCAUGUACUGGAACUCCACAUAUGUUGUGGUUUUCACUUAACAAGUCAAAGAUUGUUUUUACUAAUUGAGAAGAUUAAAGUUUGAAUUAAGAGAACAUUUUUUAUAAAACAGUUCACCUGUAAAAUCAGUGCCAAAAUAAAUGUCUUUUGAUUUGUAACAGUUUUCCAAUGCAUUAAAAGUAUAAAACAUACAGUACAUA